AUUUUCAAUUUCCACCCCAUACCAAGAUGUCUUGCUAUGACCUGUGCCCACCAAGAACCAACGUGGCCGUCCCCCAGCCCAUCGCUGAGAGCUGCAACGAGCUGUGCGCCCGCCAGUGCCCCGACUCUUCAGCCUUCAUCCAGCCACCACCUGUGGUUGUCACCUUCCCCGGCCCCAUCCUCAGCUCCUUCCCCCAGCAAGCCGUGGUGGGCUCCUCCGGAGCACCCGCCUUUGGGGGCAACCUGGGGCUGGGAGGCCUCUACGGUGCUGGGGCCACUCAGGCCUCGGGGGGUCUCUGCACCUUUGGCAGACCCUACGCUCCUGCCGCCUGCAGCCCUCUGGCUCUGCCCCGCUACAGCCAGAGGCUGUGGGACACCCGUGGGCCCUGCUAGAGCUAGCUGCAAAGCCCCCAUGUUCUGCAGCCCAUACUCCUCACCCCAAUGCACCUAGUUCCUCCACAGCGCCUGUGGGCCCUGCUAAAAGUAGCAGGAGCA